AUGAUCAGGUCUAAGCUCUCCACACGUGCCCCAUUGCUGGCGAGACGGCUAGCAGCUCCUUCCAAGAAGCAAAUGUCUUCUGGAAACCCUCUAGCAGCCGACUCGGGACCCUUGUCAACCCACAAGUUCCACACGAUCACAAUGAGUCUGGCAAUUGUGGCUCCCACUUACUUCCUUAUUCCAAGUAGCAUGACGGAUGGAUUUGUCGACAAGGCCAUGGGUGUCAUUUUGGCUGGUCACAUUACGGCUCAUCAGUGGAUUGGAAUGAAUUAUGUAGCAACAGACUAUGUCCCCAAGAUUUCCAAAUCGUUGAUGGGACCAGCUCGCAUUGUCAAUGCUGGAAUUGCUGGUGCCAUUCUGCUCGGACUGAGUAAGAUUGCACUAACUUCUCCCGGCGGAAUCAAGGGAGUCCUUAAGGGUUUGUGGAGUCCGCCAGAGCAAAAGAAGUAA